AUGCUUCCUUCACUCACGCUCCAACAUCUCCUCCUUGCACAUCGGAUAGAUCCCUAUAUUCUAGGCACGAUGACGGACGUCGAACCCAAGCUGUCGGUCAAGCGCGAGAACGAAGACACGCUGGAGGCCGCAGACUCGAAGCGUGCGCGCCUCGACGCCAACGGAGACGAACCUUCUGCAACUCCUGUGGGGGUGCGCAAGCACUCGCGCGACCAGACGGCCGACGAGAAUGGCGCCGACACCAAGCGCGUCCGGCAAACCCCGGUCAAGACGGAGGUCAAGUCAGAGCCGGCGGCCGCAUCGCCCCGAAAAGCCGCCACGCCCAAGGGCAAGUACGCUGAAGCCGACAGUGACAGCGAAAGCGAGAGCAACAGUGACAGCGAUGCGGACGACAAAAAGUCGUUGGCUGCGCGCCUUGCCUCCAAGGCAAAGGCAUCGCCCAAGCCGUCGCCCAAGGCGAAGGCCGCCGCUCCAUCCUCGGCCAAGAAGGCGCCCACGCCCAAAAAGGCGGCAAAGAAGGAGUCGUCCGACGAAGAGUCCGAGGAGUCGGAAGACAGCUCGGAAGACGAGGACGAUGGCUCGGAUGAGUCAGGGUCGGACUCGGGCUCGGACGACGAUUCCGACGACGAAGACGCCUACGACGACGAGGAUGCACCCAAACCAAAAAAGCCUGCAGUCAAGAAAGCCGCCAGCCCCAAGAAAGCUGCCGCAUCGCCAAAGACCAAACCCGCCGCGGGCACCUCCAAGAAGGCCAGCAAGAGCGCCGAUGGCGAUGGUGCAGUCACCAAGAAAAAGAAGAAGGCCGACGAGGACGACGAGGACGUGCACAAGUGGUGGGAGGAGGACCUCACUGCCAUGCUCGGCGACGGCUCGGAGCGCUGGCAAACGCUGAGCCACAAUGGUGUCAUGCUGGCUCCCGAGUACGUGGCGCUGCCGCCGCAAGCGUUCUUCAAGUACAACGGCCAGAAAGUGGCGCUGUCGCUUCCGACCGAAGAGCUCAUUGGCUUUUACGCCGCCAUGCUCAAGUCCGACUAUGUGACCAAGGACAAGUUCAACGAGAACUUUAUGGUUGAGCUGCGCAAGGUCAUGACAAAGGAGGAGAAGGCGCUCAUCACUGACCUGGCCAAGUGCGACUUUACCGUCAUUCAGGACUACUUUGAGCAGCAGCGCGAAAUCCGCAAGAACCGCACCAAGGAGGAGAAGGCCGCCAUCAAGGCCCAAAACGAGGAGCUUGUCAAGCAGUACGGCUUCUGCCUCAUGGACGGCCGCAAGGAGCGCAUUGCCAACUUCCGCGUCGAACCGCCAGGCCUCUUCCGCGGCCGCGGCGACCAUCCCAAGAUGGGCAUGCUCAAACGACGCGUCGUGCCCGAGGACAUUACCAUCAAUUGCAGCAAGGACUCGACGCCGCCCGCGCCUCCUGCGGGCCACAAGUGGAAGGAGGUGAUUUGCAACAAGACGGUCACUUGGCUCGCCUCGUGGGUCGACGGCAUCUCGGGCCACGCCAAGUACGUCAUGCUGAACUCGGCGUCCAAGCUCAAGGGCCUGAACGACAUGAAAAAGUACGAGAAGGCCCGCGACUUGAAGAAGCACAUCAAGCACAUUCGCCGCUCGUACACUGAGGACAUGAGCUCCAAGGAGAUGGCCAUUCGCCAGCGCGCCACAGCCCUCCAUUUCAUCGAUCGUCUUGCAUUGCGCUGCGGCAACGAAAAAGAUCCCGAAGAGCAGGCAGACACUGUCGGUUGCUGCUCCCUUCGUUUCGAGCACAUCAAGCUCGAGGAGCCCAGCACCGUGCACUUUGAUUUCCUCGGCAAAGACUCCAUUCGGUAUCAAAACUCUGUGGACGUCGAGGAACGCGUGUACAAGAACCUGAUCAUCUUCCAGAAGAACAAGGAGGAAGGCGACUUGCUGUUUGAUCGUCUGACGACCACUGCUCUCAACAAGUACCUGACUGACUUUAUGCCGGGCUUGACCGCAAAGGUCUUCCGUACCUACAACGCAUCCAUCACCUUGCAAGAACAGCUCAAGCUGACGCCCACGGAUGGUAGCAUUCAUGAGAAGGUUUUGGCUUACAACCGUGCCAACCGCGCUGUUGCCGUCUUGUGCAACCAUCAACGCUCCGUUCCGAAAAAGUUUGGCGAGCAAAUGGACAAGAUGGACGAGAAGAUCGAGGCCGUUAAAAAGGAAUUGAACGAAGCGCGCAAGGUUUACAAGGAAACAAAGGACGAGAAGAAGAAGGCUGCUGUCGAGCGCUUGAAAGCACGCGUCGACAGUUUGGUGAUUCAAAAAACAGACAAGGACGAGAACAAGACAAUUGCUUUGAGCACGGCCAAACUCAACUACCUUGAUCCUCGUAUUACUGUGGCUUGGUGCAAGCGCUACGAUGUGCCAGUAGAAAAGAUUUACAACAAGACGCAGCGGUCCAAGUUUGCUUGGUCGAUGGGUGUGCCUACGGACUUUACUUUCUGAGCAGUGUCGCCAUUAUGGAAUCUGAUGUUAUUAGAAUGUAUGUGUUGCCGAGCUC